CCGGACAAACGAAAGCGGACCAGGUAUAAUACGUAUGUAAACAUAACAACACCACGCCUAUCACGGAAGUACACGUUAGGUAUAUGAAAGAACACUUCUUGUGGCUUGUCCUCAUCAUGGCUUCUCUUCUAUCAGGAAGCAACAGCAAAAUCUUUAGAGAUGAUAUACUACACACAGAUUUUCAGACCUCAAACACGGAUUUCACCUUGGAGAUUUACAAGCGUUUAACUAAAAUGUCCACUGAUGGAAAUCUGUUUUACUCACCUUUCUCCAUCUCUGCGGCCAUGUCCAUGGUGUAUCUAGGUGCCAGAGAGCAGACAGCAGCCCAAAUGGUUUCACCUCUUAGUAUCCAAUCUUUAGGUCAGCGAGUGCACGAAGCCUAUGAAGACUACUUGCAGGUGGUUAUGGCCAAAAACGAAAACGUCACACUUCAGAUUGCAAACAGAUUGUAUCCCCACAGCAAGGCAGGAAUUGUUCCUUCUUUCAUUGAACUUUGUGCAAAACACUAUCAAGCCGACACAAAACUCAUGGACUACGCGCAAUAUGAAACUGCAAGGAAAGAAAUCAACGAAUGGGUUAGCCAGCAGACAGCAGAGAAAAUAAAAGACCUCCUGCCUCAGGGUUCUUUGAAUCCAUUGACCAUGAUGGUAUUGGUAAAUGCUAUCUACUUUAAAGGGGACUGGGAGACCAAAUUUGACGACAAAGUUACCAGAGAUAUGACCUUUCAUACCCUCAAAGGACAACAAAAGACUGUGAAAAUGAUGUUUCAAAAAGCUACCAGGUUCCCGCUUAAACACGAUGAUGAAUUAAAGUGUGAAGUUUUGGAAUUGCCCUACAAAGGGAACAGCUUAUCAAUGGUCAUCAUUUUACCAAAUGGUAAAAAUGGAUUGUCUGCCCUUGAAGAGAAGUUAACUCCGUCCAAACUUCAAGGACUUAUGAAAGACACAUCACCUACAAAAGUGGAAGUGUUUCUUCCCAAAUUUAAACUUAAAUCUGGUUUUGAGCUUUCCGCACUAUUUCAACAAAUGGGAAUGACCGAUCUGUUCAAUAAUAACGCUGACUUGUCUGGUAUAGACGAAUCCAGGAUGACAUAUGUAUCGGCCAUCUUUCAUCAGGCCUUUGUAGAUGUGAACGAGGAAGGAACGGAGGCAGCUGCUGCCACUGCCGUUGUCAUGAUGAAACGAUCACUGCCAAGACCGCCAUUACAAUUCAGGGCCGAUCACCCGUUCAUGUUUGUUAUCAGAGACAAUAGGUCCGACACAAUUUUGUUUGUUGGAAGAUUCGUCGAUGUUGUUUCGUCACAAGAAAAGGACGAAUUGUAAGAAAACGAGCUUUAAAGAAUUAGUAUUACAGCACUUUGGACCCAGUGACUAGUAAUUCAGAUCUUGCCUAUUAUAGCUCUACUAAUGAGGUACCAACCUUUGUUACCUUUCAUUUGGCUGCAAUAUGAGGUUUUUUCACAACAUAAUUUGUGUAAAGUGAUUACACAUGUACUCCACUGUAUAAUUUUUCAUUAUUUAAUCAAAUACAGUGUUAACAUUGUUUUAUGUAUUGUGUCUUCGUCAUUCGUCAAGUAUAUAUUUGAUUUUCCAUUUGUUAUUUCUGAUAACGUGUCAUUCGUGUGGAUUUCCUCCCCACUCAUUUUGUUGAUAUCUAUUUUUUAAUCAGUUGAUUGAUGGUGCUCUUUAUCCUAGUUAGAUUGGAGUCUAUGAAAAAAUGGUUGUUGAAAGCGGGGCAAUUUUGUAAUUUUUAUUUUAAAUAAACAAAAAAUGAUUAGCGUGGGAAUGGAAUAAUUGAAUUUGCUAUUGCUAUGCUUGAAUUUCAUGUUAAUUCUCCCAAAUAUAUGUUCACCGUUGUUAUUUUUCAAGUAGGACAAUAAUGACACAUCACACAUAUUGCUCUCCUUCGCCAAUAUUAAUUGUUAUAUUUUUUCUCGAUGAAAAACAUUUUUUUAGCAAAUUAUCAGCUUUGGCCAAUGGUCAAAUGUUUGAAAAAAUGUCACGACAUAUUGAUAAAUUGAUUUGGAAUAAAAUGUCAUGAACUCAAAAUCUUCUUUUUUAAUGAUU